AUGACUAGAAUAUAUCCUUGCAAAUUUUUAUCGAAAACGGAUAUUGAAAAGACAGAAGGGAGAAUUUUGUAUACCGUCCACUCGGGUUUCAAGGCGACUAAACUUUGCCCUGGUAUCCGAACCAGCCUAUAUCAGAAGCUUUUAUGGUAAAAACCUCUUGAAAACGUCAAUCAAUUUUAUACCUGAAUUUUGAAAAGAAUUUUCUAGACUGUUCUAGAAUGCUAAGCUUUGGCGACAUAAGCUAGUCGGUGACGAAACUUUACUAGCGGUCACCUCGUUUCCACACCUGUUGAUUUUCAUGCAGCAAUAAGAUAUCGAAAGUGAAACAAGCUCAAAAUCUGCGACAUUUCCCAAUGAUGGUGUUGGCGUGUUUCCUAGGACUGACCAUAAUAAUAAGAGUAACGCUGGCGGCCGUUGAUGACUGCCCCCAGUUACAAUUCUGGAAUGGGGCUUUCUGUGUUUCCUGUUCGCCUUGCCCUCCUGGCUACGGCGUCGAAACAAAAUGUUCGCAAAAAUCGGACACGGAGUGUCAGGCCUGUCAACCGGGAUUCGAUUAUUCUGAUACCAGUGGAUUUGAAAGUUGCUUUGGAUGCGACGAGUUUUCAAAUUGCCCCUUAGUCAAUGCGAAAGAAGUUAGAAAAUGCACCGUUUACUCCAAACGGGUUUGCGAUGGUUGUCUUGAUGGUUAUUUUUAUAACCCCGGCACUGGAGGGUGCCAAGAAUGUUCGUCGCCUUGCGGCUUUCAUCAAGAUGAGACAAGACCAUGUACCACCAAUCAUGACAGGACCUGUUCACCGAAAACCACUGAAUCGACAAUUCUGGCCACUAAUUCUACACUGAAAGUCUCCAAAAGUAUUUUCAGGCCAUCGACAAAACCACGAACUCCACGAAAUCAAAUUGAUGCAGAUUCUCCUUCACCACAGGAAACCACAACAGUUGAAAAUCAUUGGCUUUGGAUCGGCAUUGGUGUGGUUGUGGCUUUGGUUGUAGCAAUGAUUAUUUUAAUGAUUUGUAGAUACAGAAGAAACAAAAGAAACCAGAAAGGUCAAGGAAAUCGUGGUGCAAAUGUCGGGACAGACUGGGAAGAAAGACGAGAUACGCAAGAAAGUAUUCCGCUGAUGCUAGGUUUGGAUCUUCCCAUUAAAGAUCUUAAAAUCGACGGGAAAACGUUUAUAGCCCAGAGGCUCAAUGGCAAAGACAACUACGGCUAUUGUUACUGUCGGUCGACCGGGGAGAGACUUGGCUUUGACUCGGCUGAAUGCAGCGCAUGGCAAACUGCAGAGAAUCCCACUGAAAAGCUACUCAAGGCUUACGGAGAAAAAGCGGGGAGUACGGUCAGAAACUUGAUCAAGGCGCUGAGGGAUCCAGAGGUGGGACUGACCCAGUUUGCCAACGAAAUUGAAGCCAAGUUCUCGGGGUCCACGACCCAACAUCAAAACGAAGGAGAAAGUAACGAGGAAAUAGAAAGUACCGUUUAAACUGUUGUUGUUGUUGCCAAAUAUGAUUGCCCAGACUAAUGGAGAUGUUGUGAUGUAAAUGGUGUAACAAAAGUUUAAACGAAAUACUAAUGAAUUUUUUGAGGUGUAGUGUUGUCCGUCUUCAUGAGCUUGUUAGGCGUUGUUGUGCAUUUUUAAUUCUUGCCAGAUCGCUAUUCUCUCUUAAGCCAGAGAACUAAAAGUGAUUUGGCAAAAUUUAGUGAUACCAACAGACUGAAAACUCAAGAAGACGAAAAACACACGAUACAUCUUUUUAAAAUAAAUAUUUUGUUCAAAUAUAUUGGACCAAUUGGUACAUCGUGGAGCAAUCAGAUUUUAAUAACAAGAACAUUCGACGGAGGAUAACCUGGUGGAGUUCUGUUUUUACCGCAUUCGUGCCCUUUAGGAAGAAUGAAAAGAAACUACCUCAACGUCCCAUAAAAAAAGAAAAGAUGCCAAAAAA